UAAAGUUAGAUAACGGCUUUAGUCGGGAUGUACUCGUCUGUCUGAUGUGAGGAAGUAUAUUUUUAAAAAUGUUAGCAUUUAUUUGGUUGUUAAAGUCGGAGUAAAUAGGGAAUUGAAGACUAACUUGAGAGCUCGUGUAAAUGUAUAGACACAAAUCAACAUAUAUACAUAUAUAAAACGAGGUGUUAGCAAGUAAAGGUAGAGGUAGUUAAUAGUGUACGAGGUUGUUUCUCUGUUUCUAACGGUGCGCAGGUUAUUGGAAAGCUGUUGUAGGUAUAUAUAGUGGAGUAUGUAUGCUGUACGGAGCAUAAAAUAAAAUAACAGAGUAAUGGAGAGUAGAGGGAAAGAAGCAUAUCGUAUCGUACUGUGCAUAACAAACCAACAAACUAUCUACACUACUAAGAUUAUUAUUGCAAUGACCCAACUCUCGUAUCCACUAUCUGACAUUCUCAGAAACAUGCCGCUGCUGCUGCUGCUACUACUUCAAUAGAAUGUGUCGAGUCCGAGGAAGGCUGUCUACGGUGUCGAGAAAAUUUUUGCGCAAGGUGUGCAGGACUUUUGCACCGCGGAAACUGUGUGGAGACAUGUCCACCAGGUCACAUUGCUGACCGAUCAACGCGGGCUGAAUACAUGGGACGAAUAUGCCGUGAGACUGGUUACAUGUUCGGACUAACAGGCAGCCAAGUCGCCAUCCUCGUCGGCAUAAUAUCCGGGGCGACGAUAUGUAUAUUUAUUAUUCUAUGCGGUGCAAUUGUUCUUCAUCGUCGCAAGAAGAAGGCCGCCAAACUAAUACGGCAAUACGAGGACAGUGCCGAGAGGCGAGAAUUUCUCAAGCAUCUCGCCACAUUGAGAGGAGAAGCCAACACUUUUCUUGCGAUGCUCAACGACACGAGGAGACAAGUAAGAGAAUUGUAUUACUCUGGUAGUAAUGGCGAUGGUGCUGUUGGUGUACAAGCUUACAGACCCGUCUUACGUGACCUCGCGAGGAUCCUAGUUCUCGUAAAUAGAAAAGACGAGGAUAUAUAUUUGCCACCAGACGAUUGGCAGCGGCUGCUGGCUUGGGCUGAACGUUUGCUGAGACGUUACAAGAAGCACACUUCACCAGAGGUGGCUCAGCUGGUGACGUUUCUCCAGCAACCGGGGCCAGUGAGUCAGCUGACACCAACGUCGCCCCAGCAGAUAGCGAUAACUCAGGCAUCGUCGCAGGCGUAUGAACUAAGAUCAACACCGACGAAUCUCACGACAUUCCAGGCAAAUGCGCCGCUAGCGACCUUCCAAGCUAGCGAUAAGUCUAGUAUAAGUCCCGCGAGCUCCAGUCUCGGAUAUAUCAAAGACAGUCCAAUAGGUUCUAGUUUAGGUCAAAACAGUUGUAUUGUUUAUAAUGACAAAUUGAGUCCGUCCGGUUCUACCGUUGGUCAGACGACGCCUCUGGUCUUUGCUAACCAAAAGCGACGGACCUCAUCGUCGACGCACCUGCAGGAGCUCGGGAUAUCGGCAUUUAAUCAUACAUAUUUACCUGGUAAUUUAACGGCUGUGCCGGGUGACAGCAGUGUCUCUUGUGCUGAAACAGAGUGCAAUGGUCUCAAUCGUGAUCUCAAUCCCCAGUGGGAGUUUCAAACCACGAUUGAAGCAACUAAUUACACGAUAUUGAAUGACUGGGCACCUGGAAGGGACUACCUCAUUGACGACUUCACGAUUCUCGGGUUCAGACCGCAGGAUGAAAUUACCACAGAGUUAUGAUACCAAUUAUUAUUAUUAUUUUAAUUAUUAUUACAAUUAAAUAUUAAUAAUUUAAGAUGCAUUUCUAUUAAAUUAUUUUAUUUUCAUUUAUGAAAUAACAUUUUUUUUCUACAAAUUAUUUUUUAAAUAUUUAUUUUUAAGUCACACAUAAAUUAUUGACUGAGAUAAAAGAAAAAAAAAUAAACAAUUGUAACUGUAGAUAAACUUUUGUAAACAAACCAAAUUGUAUAAUUUUUUUUAUUACUUUUUCGUUAUCGAAAAUUGUUAUUACAUAAUUAGUUAUUGUCAAUUACUAUCGGCGUCUGCAAUCUGCGCUAGUCAGCGUUAAAAAUAUUAAAGAAAAUUUAUUUAUACUUUUGAUGUAAAUAAAAUUAAAAAUACGAGAAAAUAAUAAAAAAGAAAAAAUAAAAUAAAUAAAACCCAGUGGAUUUUAAAAGAAUGAGAGAUUUUAAAAAAUAGUAUUGCCGAAUUAAAAGUACAUAGAUGUAAUAAUUAAAUAUUAUCAAGACUUUUAUUGAGUCUGACUGUACAAAUUCAUGUAAAUAAAUAGAUAAGAACAAAG